UUGGUGCAUAAAAUAUGCUUUAUUCAAACUUCAAAGAGAAAAAUAAGUAGCAGCUAAAACCCUAAACCCAAACCUCCCAUUCUCCUGAAACCCUAAAAUCUCAACCUCUGUCCCAAAAUGGUUGUGACUAACUUCAUCAUCAGAAGGACUGCUUCUCAGGUUGUACCUUUGGCUUUUCGGGCCAUCCGUACAACACGGAGAUUCUACCAUCACCAUGGAUCCUCUGCUCUCUUCUCUACCGUAGUUAACCUUACUGCUGCUGUUGCUUCUAGAAACUUCUUUCGGAACUCAGUGCCGUCUACUCUUCAUUGCUAUUCUACCAAGAGCUGCUCCAGUUCUGAUGAGUCACUCAUCAAAGUCAUUCAGUCGGAAAUACUGUGUGCUGAGUCAGUUGACGAACAUGACAAUGAGGAGGUUCCUGAGGGUUUCCCCUUCAAGAUUGAAGAUCAUCCUGGACAAGAAACGAUAACAUUGACAAGAGAGUAUCAAGGUGAAUCUAUUGAUGUCGAAGUUCACAUGCCUGACCUUGUUACUGGCAAUGAAGAUGAGAUGGAGAACAUUCCUAGGGAUGACAGUGAAAGGGCCAAUCAAUCCCAAAUUCCACUCGUCGUUAGGGUGUCUAAGAAGAAUGGACUAUGUUUGGAGUUUGGUCUCACAGCUUUUGCUGACGAGAUUGCGAUCGACAGUUUGUCAAUCAAAGAUCCUAAAGUUGCUGAGGAUCAGAUUGCUUAUGAAGGACCUGAUUUCUCGGAUUUGGAUGAGAACCUCCAAAAGGCUUUCCACAAGUAUUUGGAGAUUAGGGGGAUCAAACCCAGCACAACUAACUUCUUGCACGAGUACAUGAUCAACAAGGACACCGGAGAAUAUGUGAUGUGGCUUAAGAAUCUGAAGAAAUUUAUUGAGGCGUAGAUUCUACUUGUUCACAUAAGUUUUGAUGUUUUAGUAGGGUUAUUUAAAUUUGUCUACAUCGUACUGUUUGCCAUUGAUCAACAUUUAACACCAUGACCGUGAAGUCCUUUUGUUAUUUUGCUAUAAUCUUACGGUCCAUCCUUGGUAAAGUUCAGUGUACCAUGACAUCCAAGUCUUUGGCAAGUUAGAAAAGUAAUGUUGGUGAAUUUUAUAUAAUUUGAGGGAGUUCUCUCUUGGUAGUGUUAUUGUCA